AUGCUUCAUCUUCUCAAAGAGAAUGGGUUGACCACCAGCCAAAUCUCCCAACUUGUCAGCAUACAACCAUCGUUGCUGUUGUCUGAUGCUAAGAAGACCCUGUUGCCCAAGAUUGAAUUUUUCCGUUCUAUUGGGUUUUCAUGCUCCGACCUCCCUAGGUUCCUCUCUUCAAACCCUCCUCUGUUGAGUAGGAGCUUAGAGAAACGUCUUAUCCCCUGUUUGGAUUUCCUCAAGAGCAUACUUCUUGAGGAUGAGAAAGUUGUUUCAAGUGUCAAGCGUGCACCGUGGGUUAUUCAAUUUGAUCCAAGAAAAAAUAUGAUUCCUAACAUCGAACUUUUGAGACAAGUGGGAGCGCCUCAAUCUGCUAUCGCUUUCUUGGUUACUAAUUUUCCCUCUUCAGUGCUCAAUAAGCAUACUAGGUUUGCUGAGCUUGUCCACGAGGUAAAGGAAAUGGGAUUUAAUCCCUCGAAAAUUGUUUUUGUUGAAGCAAUCCAUGCAUUUGCGAAGAUCACUAAAUCAAAGCUGGAAUCAAAAUUGGAGCUUUAUAAGAGGUGGGGUUGGUCGAAGGAGAUUGCCCUCCUAGCCUUUAAAAGAAAUCCUACAGUGAUAAAUUUCUGCUUGGAGAAGAGGAUUGUACCUAUAUGUUCACUUAUUCAGAUUUUGCUAGCCAAGGGAUUGGUUAAGAGUGAUUUGUCCUCUUCAACUUUCCUGCUACCUGGUGAGAGGUGCUUUCUGGAUAAGUUUGUGAUCAAAUUUCAAGAUAUUGUACCUGAACUGCGGAACGUGUAUCUGGCUAAGAUGCAUCUUUCUGGACUUGGGAAUGCAGUUGAAGAAGGUAUCUGGAAUUUUAAAUAG